AUGCGAUUCUCCUCCGUCCUCGCAGCCGGUGCUGCCCUCACCGCUGCUCUGCUCACCCCUGCCACCGCCUCGCCCACGGCGAUGAGCACCAUCCCCAACACGAUCUCGGGGAAUGUUCGAAAGGAUCUUGUCAAGAUGCCACCCGACAGCUACAAGCUCUACAAUCUCGACCCCGACUCGAAGACCGGUACGCUUGUGAAGCGAGCUCGCGUCGACGGUAUUCAGACCCGCUGCACCACCAAAAGUUGUCUCUCGAUCACCUUCGACGAUGGUCCGUACACUUCGAUGAGAAAGCUUGUCGACACUCUGGAUAAUGCUGGUGGCCAAAAGGCAACCUUCUUUGUCAACGGCAACAACUUCCGCUGCAUCUAUGAUAAAGCCUCUGUCGCAAGGCUGCGAUAUGCUUACGAGCAUGGCCACCAGAUCUGCUCGCACACGUGGAGUCACCCUGACAUCAGCAAGCUCACCAACCAACAGCUCGACCGUCAGGUGCAGCUGGUCGAGGAUGCCCUUUGGAAGAUCCUCGGUGUUGUGCCUGCUUGUUUACGUGCUCCUUACGGCUCGAUCCGAGAUGACCAGGUGCAGUACCUCAACAACAGGUGGGGCAUUGUCGUCGUUCAUUGGAACUACGACAGCAACGAUGCCAACGGCUACGGCACAGAAUUCGGCCUUAACUUGUACAGGAACCUGAAGGCUCCUACCCACGCUAUCAUCCUCAACCACGAGACCGUCGCCGGUACCCCGAACACUGUCAUCCCUCAAGCUGUCCAAAUUGUGCGCCAGAACGGUUACAAGGGAAGUCAGACCACCGCUGCUACGCUCCGAUACAACCCAUACAAGGUUGUUGGUAGCUACGGCAACCGUGAUGACUCCUGGACCUGUGAUGACAAACCCGCUCCUGGCGGCGUCUAA